UCUCCAGCACAGGAAGAAGAAAUCCUCGAGAAUAUCAACAUGUAUGCUCAGCGGGGGACCCUAGUAGCUCCAAAAGCAGUGAGGGAAAUGGCAGAGGCGGUCAAGCAUAUCUACACUUCUCACACCUAUUUCCCUCAUAACAUCUACAACAUGGAUGAAGUUGGCUUCGAUAUUGCUCUCCAACACCGUACACGCACUAUGUGGCUAGAGGACAUAUUUGAUCCUGCAACAAAAGCAAUCGCCCGUAAUGGAAAAGAUCGACGCCUGCUAUUCCUCGAUGGCUUUGAUGCUCAUGUACAACUCGACUUCCUUGAAUCCUGUUGGUCUCGCAACAUUGUUCCUAUCAUUCUUCCUGCCAAUAUGUCAAGCGAAUUUCAGCCUCUCGAUGUUAACUUCUUUGGACCACUUAAAAACGCAUACAAACAACAUCUCCACAAAUACCUCCUUGGAAACACUUCCCCCAGUAUAGCUAAGGGAGUCUUUUAC